CAUCAAAAAAUGUGUGAAACAAAAUUGUAAAAUUUUUUUUAUACUUCAAAUUUUUCGUUGUUUCUGAAGAAAAUUCUGAGCUGUAAAGUGUUGUUGAAUAAUUUUUUGGCGUUGAAAAAAAAUUUAUCAAUUUGAAUUUUAUUUAAUUCGCAUGAAGUUUAGUUCAUACCGCAUCAAUUAUCGUUAUCGUAUUCGUCGUUCGGUAACUACUGAUCAAUAAAAGAGAAUAACACUGAAUAUCCGCACUUUCAUUCAUUGUGUUUUUGCCAAUAUCAUCUGUAAUCAGAAUUUCGCCUCAGCAAUUUUGAAUUUCCAACAUUUCCAAAUUUCAGCUCAAACGUCUGGUCGAAUAUUGUUUUUGUCGAGUUUUAUUGAAUUCUUAAGUUGAUGUGUAAUUUCGAGGUUUCGUGAUUGAUGCUAUCGCUUCUUUUUAAACUUCUUUGCUCCAUAAAUUUCUAGUUCUAGUGAUACGCUUCUGUGAUAAGAAUUACUCCGAAGUUCGAAUCUUAAAAUCUUGAAAAAGUAUGAACGUAACACCGGGCUUGGUUAGCAGUCCUCUGGUCGUUCAACAAUCCUCUUUGUUAUAUCAACCUCAGCCAUCGAUACCAGGAAUAUUUGAGUCUCAGCAAGCCUUCGCUAUGCAGUCUCAAUGGAACAACAAUAAUAACAACAACAACAAUUCCAGUAAUAACAAUAACUUGUACAACUCUCAUCAGUUACCAUUACAAAUGUCACAGUAUUACAAUGUAUUUCCUGAAGUGCCAUCUACUAAGACAUCUUGGACUUUUCCGAAUGGCUGUGUUACUUCCAAUAUAGUCAGAUUUACGGGUUCUCCAGCACCAACCUACCCAGUUGGAAGUGUUUUCAAUUUUAGUCCCAAACAAAAUACAUCUUUUCCAACGAAACGGAAAUCUUUAGUUCCCGAGAACGAAGAACAGCCCAAUAAAAUAUUCAUAACCGAGGAAAAAAUGGCUGCUAGGAUGAGCGGUAUGCAUAUUAGUAACGAUUUUAUAUCUCAUAGUAGGCCUACUCAGAAUUAUACUGAAGCAAGAAUCAGUGAAAAAGAUAUGGAUGAUGAAUUACCGGAUUGUGCUAGUUCAAAAAAUUCUCAGCCACAGUUAGUCAUAUGCGAUGAGUUGAAAAAUUUGAGUAAAGAUAUCGAUAGCAUUGUCCCAGAACCUUUAAUUCCAAUUGAAAAGCCUACUACUGCCUUAGUAUUAUGGAGACCACCAAUGUCAUACCUGAAUGUUGUCAGAAUUACGCCUGAAGAAAAAUACCCUCAACGUUCUUCCGUUAUAAUCACAGAUAUCACCGACAGACCAGAUUUAGACAAUAAUAAUAUCAACGCAGUCAAUUUGAAUACAUUGAGUAGUGGUACUGUGGAACUCCCUCAAGAAGAUGUUGAGAUCAUGGAAACGUGAAAUUUUUCAUUUAUUUAAGAAUCGUAUAAAAUAUCGCAUUUCGCGCUCACGCGACUCACAACUAGAAAAAAUGCUACCAACAGUUUCAGUUUGUGUGGAAGACAGCUAGUUUCUUAUUCGUGGUUCUUAAUUUUUAUUUGCGUGUGAUUGAUGUAAUUAUGUCCGACUUUGCCGAAACACGAAUUUUUAUAGUUUUUUUUGUAUGAUUUGUUCCUUCAUAUGUACCUCUGUUAUAUUUGUAAAUUCUUCAUACUUGUAAAUAUCAGCGUAAGCUAAUCGAAAAUGUUUCGUAUCGUAUGUAUGAAUAAAAUAUUCGUCUAUGAUUAUUCGUAA